UGGUGAUUCCAUACUUUUUGCUAGGGGUUCUAUAUUACAGCUCCGCACAUCAUCUUACCUUUCUGGUUUGCCUUCCCCUCACCCAACCAGGCCCAUUUUACGCCCGCAAACUGGCCCCCUUAGAGGCCCGGGUGCGGUCGCCCCCCCUCACCCCCUAAGUUCCGCCACUGUGUUUACGUAUGUGUUUCAGGUGAUCUGAGGUGGGUCUUUAUGGUUGCCUGGUGACCAAGUUUAGAUCACAUUACACACACACACUCUGUCUCUCAUCUUGCAUUCAUUGUAUCGCCACUCUUCAGCACUCAGCCUCCUGGAGUACUUUUGACUAUUCAUCGUUUUUUUUCACUUUAUUCAUUAUUUGUAUCAGUAUAGUUUUAUCUGGGAUGCAGAAUCUGUCAGUAAAGAUGUUUGUCUGCGCGGCGCUACUGCUGGCGUCAGCAUCCUAUGUGCACUCGCAAACAGAUUGUACUCAAGCUCAGUCGUGCGACUUGUGCGUCGGUGACUCCAUGCUAAACUUGACCGGCUGCGUCUGGAGGCUUUGUCCUGAUGGUAACGACACGGGCACGUGCGUAACAGACGAGGGCAAUGUUGCCGACAGUUCCAGGAACUGCAGCUGGACCCGAGUGUCGGAGCUCUGCACAGUGGUGGAGACGGUUGCCGAAGGAGGCAGUGACUCAGGUGAGGGGGGCAAAGCGCGGCCGCAGCUGUCCCCGGCCAGGUUUAACUUGUCGAGCUUCAUCGGCGGCGUGCUCCUGGUGGUGUGCCUGCAGGCUGUCGGCGUGCUCGCCAUGCGCUUCCUUAAGUCUAAUGAGCAGAGCACCUACGACCCCAUAGAGCAGCCUCAGUGACGUGAACGGCAAAGAUGGACGACGAAAGGAGGAAUGACUCAUGGGACUGUGACGAUAAGACGUUCCGCUUUCACGAUUGGUCGCCACAACCUCCUACUCUGCCCCUUCUAGAAACACCCUCCCCCCAAAAAACACUCUUAUGUGUGUAUUUUUGUGUUGAAUGUGUGUUCAAAGUGUAUUUUCAUGUACAUUCACUUGGCAUAGUCUCAUACGCGUGCUCGCAUGCUAAUGCUACAUACUGGAUUGUUUCUUGUUCUUGUGCCGCCACUGGAAUAAAAUUUAGGGUCU